CCGACAUUUACUCUAAUCGUGAUGAAUGUCAGCAAGCGUGUUUCGUGCUGAUACACCCCAGCAGCUCAUGAAUACAAGAGAAAAACAGGAGGAGGAGAGAUGAAGAACAAGAAAUGAAAAAGUGUGUUAUAGAGGAGAUAUUCUGCAUCACACUGCUGUAAUCGCUAGUAAGGAUUGGUGUGGACUGAUCAGAGGAGAUGUGAGAUACAGAGAAGCUGUGUUGAAGGAAGAUGGCGAGCAGCGGAAGACGAUUGGAUGAGCAGCGAGGAGGCGUGGCCAGAGUCUGAAUGAUUUGUGCGACAGUUACUGGAGAGAGAGAGAGGCGAGAGGCUGUGUGUGUGUGUGUGUGUGUGUUUGAGGGGGUGUACGAGCGCAGGAAUAAUCGCAGGAGAGGCACAGAGAGACGGCGGUGUGGAUCCUGCUCUGCGGCAGCUGUUGGGUUCUUCAUCCCGUGAGGAUCAGUCUCUGCUUUAUACCUGGAGUGAGCAGCGCUUGACGCAGCGGAGGACAGAAGAGGGUCGAAGGAGUGAAGCUGUUAACCCUCUGCCGGACCUCUGAAUCCUGAAGAAAACCUUCCCAGCCGAGAGGGACAUAGACGCAGAGGUAGCGAAGAAGCAUCAAGAAGCAGCAUGGAUACGGGAUGUCGAAUUUAAGGAAAGAAACUGACUGUAGGUUUGCCAGAAAAUGAGAAGCAGGAUAAGGGACAGGUUGAAGAGAUGAUGCAUUGGGGCAAAAUUGAAGAUUGAAACAUCAACUGGCAAAGCAGGACAAGCCUCUGUGUAUUAAAAAGCGUGUUGGUUCAUCUGUAUUCAUCUGUUCAUUCAUGCUGUCUGGGAAACCUUCAGAUGAUUUGGAGGUCAAGAAAAUACUGGAUUUUUUUGCACGGUCCAGCCGUGAGCAGGACUUCUCAUUGCUCCCCUAGUAGGUGUUCAACAGGACAAGGGUUGUUUAUUUGUUAGGAGGCCAGGCCAGAGGCACGAGUGCCAGCAUGCACAUGUCAGAGAUCAAUCGGGUCAAAUGCAUGGAUGUAAAGAGGUGAGCUGCCAUGCAUCAUUGUGGAAAGGCAUCUUCCCUAAUGAAGCGGCAUUAGAGCACCUAUGCCAUUGAUUGAGGGUCCAGAAAGGAUUAAUAGCAUUGCAGGAAAUUACUGAAGUGCAUCUGAAAGAUAUUGAAUCUGCAGUUUAAAGUGAUUAAAUACUGCUAAGGGCUGUGGGUGAGCCUCUGUUGGACUUUAUCGCUACACUUCCAACACUACACUUGUGGACCAAAGACCGCUGAGUUCCUAAUUUAAAAACUGUGUACUCUGAUUCAUCAAAAAAACAAAUAAUGGCCAUGUUUUAAGGGUUUUGGGCUCGUGCUUUCCAACUUGCCGUCUUAUCACUUUUCUUACUUUGUGACUCCAGUCUUGCAAAAGUGGGGAUUAUUUGGCCCCUGGGGGUCCGGGCUGCGGCCCCGGCCCCAGCCCCCAAACCAAAAAUGCGUCGCUCAAGUACAGACGAAACACCGUACCGCCGCAGUCCCUCUCUGGACAGCAAGUCCGGCUCGCCGCCGCUGCGCUACAGCGGGGAAUACGAGUACCACAGCUCGCCCUUCGUCUUCGGCCUUCGCACCACACCGGGGCCAAAGAAAGCUAAAGCCAGCUACACCACCGCACAGGGCCGGAAAUAUGUGGUGUUUUACCUCGACCUGUCCUUCAUCUUUCUUCUAGAGCUGCGGCGCUGCAGGAUGGCCGAGGGCUGCCUGAGGGCUCUGAGAUACGGGAUGGUUUUCUUCAAUCUGCUCUUCUGGCUGGGCGGCUGUGGGAUUCUGGGAGUGGGAGUCUGGCUUUCCAUCACACAGGGAAACUUCGCCACGCUCUCCUCAUCUCUGCCCUCGCUCUCCGCCGCCAAUCUGCUCAUCGCCGUCGGCAGCAUCAUCAUGGUGAUUGGUUGCCUGGGCUGUGUGGGCGCGGUCAAAGAGAACCGGAUGCUACUCCUGAGCUUCUUCGUUCUGUUGCUCCUGAUAUUACUGUUGGAGAUUCUGUUCAUGAUUCUGUUCUUCGCAUAUCAAGAUGAGAUCGAUGUGUAUGCACAAAGCGACCUGAAGAAAGGCCUGCAGCUCUUCGGGACUGAAGGAAACAUUGGCCUGACCAACGCCUGGAGCAUCGUCCAAACCGACUUUCGCUGCUGUGGAGUGACCAAUCACACGGACUGGUUUUACGUGUAUAACGCGACGCGUGUGCCGGACUCCUGCUGUCUGGAGUACAGUGAUAACUGCGGUCUGGAGAAUCCUGGCACCUGGUGGACAGCGCCGUGUUACGAGCGAGUGAAGGGCUGGCUGCAGGAGAAUCUGGUGGCUCUGUGGAUCUUCGCUCUGUGCACGGCUCUAACACAGAUCCUGGGGCUGGUGUUCUCCAUGACCAUAUUCUGUCACGCUGUGAAAGUGGAGACGUUCUACGCAUAGAGACGCGGAACCGGACCAAACACAUUCCUGCUUCUUCAUCGCACACUUCUGUCUUCAUCACUGUAGCAAUCAGUCGUCACAUUUCGCUAACACUGCUAUUUGCAACAUGAUUUUAUAAUCCAGAUCAACUGAAAGAAUGAAAAUGGCUCUUUAUUGUGAAUAUUUAAUGGACAGUUUUUUUUGGUCCAUUUGUGAAGAAAAUACAGCAAUUUUAAAGAGGGAGACCAGUAACUAAUUUUAUAUUUGUAUAAUUUCAUAACACGUGUGAAAUAAACAACCGCUGUUUAUAUUUAUUCAGAGCGAGUUCUCAAUAGACUUAAAAGGUAAGAUGUUCAGAUGACAUUUUUGUAUAUUUGACUUAUUUGACAGUCUUUUAAACAAAAAGUAAUAAAACAGACACAUACUUGAGAAAAUGAAGUACUUACAGUAUGUAGGAAGAAGCACAAGUCUGUUCAGCAGAGGCGAUUUACUAAAAGAACAAAAGCACAGAUUAAUUAAUGUUGUGAGCUCAAGAACCGAUUGUACACAAUGCGUGUCAUUUCUGUGCCACCAAAACAAUAAAACGUCCAAACAGAUCUUUAAAGGGGUCAUGAACUGAGGAACUAAAAUUCCCUUUAUCUUUUGACAUAUAAGAGGUCAUUGUACUAUUAAAAACAUCCUGUAAGUUUCAGAACUCAAAACUUUGUCAUUAGUCUAAAAACAGCUUAUACUGAAGGCAACAUCUGGAAUGUUCUACUCUAUGAUGCAAUAGUGUGGAUAAACCCCUCCCCCGCAGAAGAAUAUCAACACCUGCUGCUACAUCACUGUUUAGCCCCGCCCACCGGUUCGUGCAUGUAGUGUUUAUGAGCGAGCCGAACUCAGGUCUACGCAGAAACCAAACGAUGAAGAUGCUCUGAAGACAAGACGCUGUUCAGUGCCAAGCUGUGGAAGAACAUUCCUUCUGAUCUCAACAUUAGGAAAGAGUGAAUUAACUUUAUUUUUAAUGACGAUCCAGACCACGUAAGUACGAACUCGGAUUCGUUUACAAACAAGGCACAGUUCGACGUGGGACUUUCAGAAAGAUUGAAACUAAAAGACGACGCUGUGCGACUAUAUUGGAUCCAACAGGAAUGUCACAACAAUUGUAACUGUUUUCAUUAUAUGAAAUUAUAUUUACUUCUGAGUCUACAAUCCUCCACAGCUAUUCAGACAGAGCGUUCUGACAGAACAGGGCAGAAAAUAGCUUAUUACUUCUAAAUUAUGACGUUUUUGGAUGUAAAAAUCUUCAUAACAUUAUAAGUGGAGCUCAGAGAACAGUACAAAAUAAAAAGGCAUCAGAGGCAGUUCAUGAUCCCUUUAAAACUCAAUCUGCCCAAACAGAUCCACCGCAAACUCACGGUCGAGUCUCGAAUAUCUUCAUUUUUAUCACUAUUUGUAUAGUUUUAUCAUUUUGAACCUGAGAAGCUUCUUUUUGUGAAAUGUUUAGCUUGAAAAUGAUGGAAGCAUUUAGCUGAAUUCAAUUUGAAAUGAAAAAUGUAAAAUGUCAAUGUAUUCCUGUAUUUGGAUUUACAUUUCCUAUACCUAUGAGAAAUAAUGAGAAUAAAUAUGUACAAAAUUGAGAAGAAUUAAUUUAUGUAAUUUUCAUUUGCCAUUUCCAACACUACUGCUAGCGUUAUAUAUUGAACUGAACGUGUUACGAUUUCAUUUGUAAAUGCAGUAAGGGCAGCAACACUAUUGUUCCAAAGCAUUUACACUAAUAAUUCAAGUUUCAUGAUAUUUGAGGAAGAAUGUUUAGAGAAUCCAGUGUGACUUGCAUGAACGGCACACCUGUCAAUCACUGCAUCAGUGCGGAGCUUCUCUUAAUUACGCUCAGAAUAUUUACAGUCACAGUGAGUUUAGGUUUAGGAUGAACGUCUGGCUCAGGGCUGUUUUUGCCGGGUCUGCUGAUGAUGAUUGUGCAUUACGCCGCUGAAGCACAGACGUGUUUAAGGUGCUGCUUGAGACGAUCUCAUUCAGCAGGAGGAGAAUGAGGGUGGCAUAUGUGCUCUGAAAGAGUGAAGAGCACAGCAUCUUUCCCUAUUCAUGAAACAUGACCACACACAUGAUUGAAACACACAGUUUAUAUAUUCUCAGAGACACGCACACUAAGAUCUGUUUCUGUGAGAAAUGUCUCGGUCUCUGAGUGAAUCUGAUGAGUGAUUCAUUCAGUUACUGCAACAAAAUGACUGAUCGCCACCUACUGGUGUAAUGAUGUACUCCUGUAUCUACAGAAAGAGACACUCAACAAAUCCUUGACUGAUUCAAACGGUUUGACUCACUGCGUCUGGCUGUGACUGGAUUGGUCUGAAUUAGUUUAGGAAUUAUUAAAUAUCAUCCAUCCAUCCAUCUUGCCCACCGUUUGUCCUCUGUAGGCUGUGGGUUGCUGGAUCUGGUCUCAGCGUCUCAAAAACACGCUGGACGGAUGGUAAUCAAACACUGGAUGAACUGUUCUGAUGUGAUACUGAUGGUCGAUAGACCGGCUGCGUCUGAAAGCUCGAUCAGUGACUCUGCAGGCAGUGUUUGCAGACACACUUCUCAUGCAACUACAAUACUAACUUAUAAGGAGAAACUUAUCUAAAGGUGAAAAAGUUGUCCAGAAACAUGCAUUUACACAGCAACUGACCACUGAGCGCAACUCUCAGAUGCAAUGUCAUCUUUCAGCUCAGCGGUCACGGGACGGAAGGCACAGGAUUGUUGGAAAUCACUAGCAGUGAAGGACAUACUGCAUCAUAAAUCCAUCAGACGAAGGCGUUUCAGCGGCCGGCUGUGACGCGAUCAGAUUCAGCAUUUCAGCUUUCAGUUUAAUCCACAGCAUGAGAUUUAUCUGACGAUGGAAAUGAAACAAGACUUUCUGUGUUUAUAUUCUCUGAGCAACUUUUGCCAUUUUGUGUAAUCCAAAUUGAAUUUUGCUAACAAAAUGAGUUCAUGUUUGCUUUGUGCUCUUUAAAUAAAUGACACUUG